UCGCAUUUGAAGGCAGAUUUUCGCAGAACGUUUGACUGAACGGUUGUGUUGACUGCAAGAGAAAUAAAAGUGACGCAGACGCAGUGUGUGUGAACGAGGAAGCAUUACGUGUAGGUCAAGUUAACUAUUAACUGAUUACAUAAUGGCGCAAAAAGUACUACGAAAUGUGACGCACUGCAUCUUUGAUAUGGACGGCCUGUUGCUGGACACCGAGACGCUUUACACGCUGGCCGCCCAAAUGGUUCUCGAUCCUUAUGGCAAGACUUAUACGUUUGAGGCAAAGCAGCAGUUGAUGGGAUUGCAGACACGUCCAAUGGCCGAGUUUAUGGUGAAAUACUAUGACUUGCCAAUUAGCUGGGAAGAGUACGCCAAACAACAGCUGGAGAAUACACGCACUUUGAUGGGGGAUGCGAAAUUAAUGCCAGGUGCCGAGCGCCUUUUGCGUCAUCUGCAUGCAAACAAAGUGCCUUUUGCCCUGGCAACCAGCUCGGGCGCUGAAAUGGUCGAACUGAAGACGCGCAAGCACCGCGAACUCUUCGAUCUGUUCAAUCAUCGUGUGUGCGGCUCGUCGGACAAGGAGGUAAAGAAUGGCAAACCAGCGCCAGAUAUUUUCCUCAUUGCCGCCGAUCGGUUUGCGGAUAAACCCGAGCCCGCCAACUGUUUGGUGUUUGAGGAUUCUCCGAAUGGCGUUACGGCUGGCGAGAGUGCUGGAAUGCAGGUGAUCAUGGUGCCGGAUUCCCGAUUGUCGCCGGAUCGUUGCUCUCAUGCGACGCAAGUGUUGAGCUCUCUGGAGGAUUUCCAGCCCGAGUUGUUUGGCCUGCCACCAUUUAAGAACUAAUUUAAUUAAUCGCUUUGUUGAUUGUCGACUAAUCAUGUGUACCUAAUGUCGCUAAAUGUCAUUACUAAAUUAAACAAAACAAAUAAUAUACACAAUGUACUUACUGCAAGUAUACAACAUAAAAUACAAGACAAAGUUUAAAA